UUAUCCGUAUGCAAAUCGGUUCACAAAAGUUGUGAAAGAAGCGUGAAGAAAGAAGAUUGAGCAGAACUUCUCAGCGCCUUGGAGGUUCACUCCUUCCGGCUGAUCGCUCGCCGGCAGCCGCCGGGUUCGCACCUUCGGCGAUCGCUCCGGCGGCUCGGUCUCGGGUCGGCGGGGGCGAGCUAGUUCGCAUUUAAGCAUGUGUCGGUGCGAUUAAGAACUUUAUUCUUCCCCGAGCUCGCCGCCGAAGUGCACACGGCAAGGCUGCUACCCAGGACGGUUUUCCCCGCGGAGCGGAUCGUAUAUAGACAGUGUGUCGGUUGCGGUCGCCCGCCAAAGCAGGUUGAUCGGUGGAUGCAGUUCGCUGCAGCAGUGCUCCCUGUUUUUGAAACACGUUUCGCCCUCCCCAAAAGUUGUGCGUUGAGUCCUCAGUCAUGGUGAGCCACCGUGUCCGAUCGGUAGCGCUACUGUUGGUAGUGCUCGGUAGUGCGGAGUGUGGUUCGGUCGGUAGUGCUGCCCUGCCAGCGUCACCGUGCCCGGCCAUCUUCAGGUACGCCGCGGAUAGUAUCAAGCAACAGAUCUAUGGUGUCGUGGACACGCGACAACAGCCGGUGGAUAAGACCGGCACCCUUGAGUUGCAUCUCUCGAUCGCCGGGGAAUUGCUGUCGAAGUACGUCGGAUCCAUCGAGGCCAUCGAAGACAACGCCCAGAUUACGGAGCAGUUCCGUAAGGGACGCGGAGUGUCGUAUCGGAUCAACUUCCCGGUCCAGGAGCCGCUCCCGAAGCUCACGAAGCUGGUAUUUAACGGGCGCGAACUGUGCACCGGCCCCGGCGACCGUGGAUCCUUCGUCAGCUCGGUAACGCUACGGCACUUCCUGCGGUCCGAUACGUGCAAGGAUAAGUGCGAACCGAGCAAGCUACUGCCACCGAACGCAGCCCCGCUGGUGCCACCGAUCUCGCAGCGACCGGAAACAACGGCCGCUCCGAUCGCCCCCGGACCCGGCUCGGUAGCGACGGCGAAGGCAGACGGGCUAACGGAGACGGGCAGCACUGUCCCGACUAUCCAGCACGAGUACCAGCGAACGAUCGAGCGUAAGGAGGAGACGACCAACCCGCACGGGAACGGCUCGUCGGUGAAGUACAUCCGCGAGGAGAUCACCUACCGCAAACAGGUCAUCACACCGGACGGAACCGGAAGCCUGCAACCGGACGAACUGAAGCUGCCUUCCUUCGUCAGUGGCGCGGGCUUCCAGUAGAUCGGAUGUGCCGGUGCCGGCCCCCUUUGAAGUCUACUCCGAGACACGAGCUGACCGACCGAUCACAGCCGAUCACAUUCUUGCCGACUAACAGAGCAUUUGAAUAAAGUUUAUCUCUUAUUUAUCACAGCCGAAGUCGUGGGUUAGCGCUUGCGGAUAAUGCGACCCCGCUGCGAUGGGGCUCCCCGCGUCGACGUUAAUGAGUCUGAUCAACCAGUUCGCUCGACGCGUGAAAUCAGGUUUUCGUCUCCACGUCUGCGUGUACUUUAUGUGAAUCACCCGUCCGUGAGGCCCGAACGAUAGGAACGAUCGCGACACAUCCGGGGUUUCAGGUGCUCGGAUUUGCUCGGUGUGAUGGUUUCAGAGAAACCACCUGGACUCUACCGAACGAAAUAUAUGGCCACAUUCGAAAGGAUUAAGCUGAUAAGCUGCACCGUACGGUCCAAAGUGUCGGCUCAAACGCAUAGCACAGCGCUCUGCUCAUCCGGCUAAUUUUAUUCCCAUGAUCUGAGCGGCUUCUUUCCGGGUUCGCCCGCGUGUCUUUUGCGUUUUCCGCGCGCGAAGCGUACAGCAUUACGCAAUGUCUUGAAAUUACCGAUUGAAACCUGUUG